AAGCCCAAUGUUAUCAUAAACCCAUAGAGGCCACUUGCAAACUAGGGAAAUCCAACUCUACUCGCCUCUUUCUGCCUCUCUAAAACCCCAACCCAGGAAAAUAGCUUAAACCCAGAAAUGGCGAUGAGGGCUGCGGCGAGGGCGGCGGUUUCCGCCAAUUCUCAAUCUGGAAUGCGAACAGGAAUAAAGGCUGUUUGCUCUUCUUUUUCCAGCUUCCCGUUUAAUCUACCACAGACCAAGACCGAGAAGCCUCCUCCCGCUGAACCCUCUACCAAUCUCUUCGUCUCGGGACUUAACAAACGCACAACAAGUGAAGGCCUUCGGGAUGCUUUUGCUAAAUUUGGUGAAGUUGUCCAUGCUAAAGUGGUUACUGAUCGUGUAUCUGGAUUCUCUAAGGGUUUCGGUUUCGUGAAAUAUGCAACAAUAGAAGACGCUGAAUCAGGGAUUAAAGGCAUGGAUGGCCAGUUUUUGGAUGGUUGGGUUAUAUUUGCGGAGUAUGCAAGACCGAGAGCUCCUUUCCCCCCUAUGAACAACAAUGCACCUCCUCAGCGUCAAUGGUGAAGAUUACUAUGAGUCAUUUAUCAACGAAACAUUGAUUCAUAUAAACAGGUGUCUGAGUAAUUCAUCCAGUUGUGGUGUCAGCUUGUUGUUCCGCCAUGGUUACAUUUACAUGACCGGAUCAUUCAAUGUUUGGAAUUCCGUUAAUGUAUUUUUUGAAUAUCCAUUUGGCAUUCAUAAGGUAUACGAAUUUGUUAGAGAUGUUAAAGCACUGGAUUAAUACUGGGUUGCCGGCUAGUUUUAUGACCUGUUAAAUAGGUUUCCAUCUC